AUGUUGCCCUACUCGGCUGUGGUGUGCACUAGUGAUUGCGCGAUGUUGGCCUACACGACUCUGGUGUGCACUAGAGAUUGCGCGAUAUUGGCCUACUCGACUGUGGUGUACACUAGUGAUUGCGCGAUGUUGGCCUACUCGACUGUGGUGUACACUAGUGAUUGCGCGAUAUUGGCCUACUCGACUGUGGUCUGCACUAUUGAUAGCACGAUAUUGGCUUACACGACUGUGGUGUGCACUACUGAUAGCACGAUGUUGCCCUACUCGACUGUGGUGUGCACUAGUGGUUGCGCGAUGUUGGCCUACACGACUGUGGUGUGCACUAGUGAUUGCGCGAUAUUGGCCUACGCGACUGUGGUGUACACUAGUGAUUGCGCGAUAUUGGCCUACUCGACUGUGGUGUUCACUAGUGAUUGCGCGAUAUUGGCCUACUCGACUGUGGUGUACACUAGUGAUUGCGCGAUGUUGGCUUACACGACUGUGGUGUACACUAGUGAUUGCGCGAUGUUGGCCUACACGACUGUGGUGUACACUCGUGAUUGCGAUAUUGGCCUACUCGACUGUGGUAUGGUGCGAUGUUGGAUACACGACCGUGAUAUAAAGAAUGGUGGUGCGAUAUUGGCCAACUCGACUCUGGUGUACACUAGUGAUAGUGCGAUGUUGGCCUACACGACUGUGGCGUACACUAGUGAUGGUGCGAUGUUGGCCUACACGACUGUAGUGUACACUAGUAAUGGUGCGAUGUUGGCCUACACGAAUGUGGCGUUCACUAGUGAUGGUGCGAUGUUGGCCAACUCGACUGUGGUGUUCACUAGUUAUGGUGCGAUUGGUGGUGCGAUGUUGGCCAACAGGAUUGUGGUGUGCACAAGUUGUAGGUCGAUGUUGGCCUACACGACUGUAGUGUACACUAGUGAUGGAGUGAUGUUGGCCUACAUUACUGUGGUGUACACUAGCGAUGGUGCGAUGUUGGCCUACAGGACUGUGGUGUACACGAGUGAUGGAGCUAUGUUGGACUACACGACUGAUGUGUAUACCAGUGAUAGAGUGAUGUUGGCAUACAUUACUGUGGUGUACACUAGUGAUGGUGGGAUGUUGGCCUACAGGACUGUGGUGUACACAAUUGAUGGAGCUAUGUUGGACUACACGACUGUUGUGUACACUAGUGAUGGCGCGAUGUUGGCAUACAUUCCUGCGGUGUACACUAGUGAUGGUGCAAUGAUGGCCUACAGGACUGUGGUGUACACGAGUGAUGGAGGUAUGUUGGACUACACGACUGUUGUGUACACCAGUGAUAGAGUGAUAUUGGCCUACACGACUCCGGUAUGCACCAGUGGUGGUGCGAUGUUGGCUUACAUGACAGUGGUGUACACUAGUGAUGAUUCGAUGUUGGCCUACACGAUUGUGGUGUAA